AGAGCUGUGUUGAAACAAAGUUCAUCCUUUUUUUUCUGCUUGGCUUGUUGGACUUGAAAUCCUUGUUGUGGAAGUAUUACUUCGUCUUUUGUAGUGAUGCUCUUAGGCUUUCUCACCAGUUAGAAAAAUUUUAAACUGGAAAUUUUUGCCUUAACAAAACCUGCGCUUGAAAACAAAACUUUAAUUGUUGAGCUUCUGCUAGAAGCAAAAGGAAGAACUUUGCUACAGGAUUUACUUUUAAUAACAUUUCUCAAGAAGAACAGGAGCACUAAGAAAAAAACAUAGCUAUUUUUUACAUACUCAGUACAUUGUACGUUGGAAAGUAUCCAUUGAGGAAAAUGAGUAACAGGCUGAAGAACAAAAGAAAGGGCAAGGAAAGCCAAAGUCAAGAAAUGUCUACCAAUUUAAAAUACCUUUCCUUGGGCAUCCUGGUUUUUCAGACCACAAGUUUAGUCUUGACCAUGCGUUACUCUCGGACGCUGAAAGAAGAAGGACCACGUUACUUAUCAUCCACCGCAGUAGUUAUUGCUGAACUUCUGAAGAUUUUGACCUGUAUUUUAUUGGUCUACAAAGACAGUAAGUGCAAUUUACGGACUCUAAACAGAGUGCUGCAUGAUGAAAUUCUUAACAAGCCCAUGGAAACUCUCAAACUUGCUAUUCCAUCAGGAAUUUACACUCUUCAGAAUAACUUGCUGUAUAUAGCAUUGUCAAACCUAGAUGCAGCCACAUACCAGGUUACGUAUCAACUGAAAAUUCUUACCACAGCAUUGUUUUCUGUGUUCAUGUUAAGCAAGAAACUGGGUGUAUACCAAUGGCUUUCGUUAGUCAUCUUGAUGACAGGAGUGGCAUUUGUGCAGUGGCCUUCGGACUCUCAAGCAACAGCUGCUAAGGAACAUUCAGCGGGAUCUCAGUUUGUAGGCCUGAUGGCAGUUCUUAUAGCAUGCUUUUCCAGUGGAUUUGCUGGGGUUUAUUUUGAGAAAAUUUUAAAGGAAACUAAACAGUCAGUGUGGAUCAGAAACAUUCAGCUUGGAUUUUUUGGUGGCAUAUUUGGAUUCAUGGGUGUAUAUAUUUAUGAUGGAGAACAACUAUCAAAGCAUGGAUUUUUUCAAGGAUAUAAUAAACUCACUUGGAUAGUUGUUGUUCUACAGGCACUUGGAGGCCUUGUGAUUGCUGCGGUUAUAAAAUAUGCAGACAACAUUUUAAAGGGGUUUGCAACAUCCCUCUCUAUUAUACUGUCAACACUGAUUUCAUAUUUUUGGCUGCAAGAUUUUGUCCCUACAAGCGUCUUUUUCUUCGGAGCCAUUCUUGUAAUAGCAGCUACUUUCCUGUAUGGUUAUGAUCCAAAGCCUGCAGGAAAUCCCAUUAAGGCAUAGCAGACUUCCUUAACAAGAAGAUCAUAURUUGGGUGCCUCGCUGACAACGGCGUGAGAGAUGGCUUUGUGCACUGGAGGGAGAGGAUUGCUGCCCUGAAUCUAAUGAAGAAGUUAUCAGUAGUUCUGAACAACCAGAGGAGUUAAGAUGGAUGAUGAUACUGUAUGUAACUGAUGAAAAAAAUGGCAGGGGAAAGCCCAGUGCAAGUCACUAAUAAAAACUUGAAGGGAACAAAAAGUUCCAAGAAACUGCAAUUCGGAAUGUUUACAGCUUUGACUGGAGUUGCAUCAAAAGAAUUUACUGUUUUGACUGCUGCAGAAAUGUUCUAUGCACUCUUUGAAAGAGCACAUGACAACAUUGUCAGAUUGUAUGUUUUUGCAAUUUGACUAUAUUUAAUCGUAGUCAAUAUGUUUUUAAUUGUCCAUUUACAUGAAAUCAAUUGAAUACACAUCAGUUCUAAAGUGAUCGUUCUAAUUAGAUAUUCCUUAUUAAAACUGAAAAUUGAAGUAUGAUUGAAAGACCUUUUCACAAUAUCAAAUAUCAAAUAUUUUUAUAUUUUUAGAAGACUGAUUGACAACAGAUACCUGUUCUCUUGCAUAUAUAAAGCUAUUAUGAGAAUGGUAACAUUCUCAGCCAAGUACACAGGGGAAGGAAUUCAGAGUAAAAGCUAGAAGUCUGUGAUAAAACUCCAGCUGUCCUCCGAAUGGCUAUUAGAAUUCCCAAGGAGCCAGGACCCUGUGAACACAGGCCAAAGGUUCCUGCAGUAGCCACACACUGUGGUUAGGAUUGGGAUGGAGUGCUUGCCCAGAUGCUGUGUGUGUUUUUUUUGUUUUGUUUUGUUUUUGUUUUUCCCCCACCCCCCCAAUUGAUUAUAAAUCAACUUGUUGCUAGAACCUUUAAGGUAGGUGUUGUGUUUUAAAUAUUCUCAAGAAUUAACAUAAUAAAUAUUUUAAAUGCAUUACUGUUGCCUGUAAUGGCUCCAUAUGGAGUCGUUACAUAUAUCAUCUGUAUCCUGUACUGUACUUUAUUACAGAGGGAGGUUGUUUUGGGGUUUUUUUGGCCUGUCUUUAGUGUGUUGUUUACUCAUGAACUCUCCAAGGCUGUUUCAGUGCACUUGUAUGUAAUGGCUUAAUUAGAGUCCUUGAGCCUACAGACCAAAUGGUUUCUCUAGAGCUAUUCAGUCUAGUGGUGGAAUUACUUUAAUGGAAAGGUAAUUUAUUGUGCAAUAGGUAAAUAUAAAAGCAUACUGUCCUUUUGUUUUGAACCAACCAACCAAAAACAACAACAAAAAAAAUCCAGAAUGAGUCAGGCUGUUAGGAACAUGUUGCUUGUUUAAAUAUUUAUAUAUAGCUGGUUUAGCCAGAAGCACACACAAAAACUGGCAGAAUUAAUGAACACAAAAAGCUGUCUUAAUCAUUUGUUUCCAGGAGGCCUUCUCACAACAGGUAUUAAAGUGACUGCUCAUCCAUGUGUUACCCUUGUGAAGGUAUGAUUUUUUUAUAAAAAGAUAUCAGCAAUGACAGGUGUAGAACGACAGG